UUGACGUGGUGGAUACGUGUUUUUUUAUCAGACUCUUAAUUUAUUUCCAGUGGAUUUAAGAAGCGGUAAUUUUGUUUUGUCAAAUCUUCUUCUUUAAACGCGUGUGAAUAAUAUCUGUUUGAAAUUGAAUUAUACCAUCAUGGCUUUACUGGAUUCUCUACGCCGGUUUGACGCGUACCCAAAAAUUGAUAAGGAGUUCAGCAUUAGAACUGUUGGUGGGGCUACAUUAACAUUUAUUAGCGGAACGAUUAUCAUUGUUCUUAUUUAUUCGGAGCUUAUAUCCUACUUAACGCCAGUCGUUACCGAUGAGCUUUUCGUGGACUCAACACGGGGGCAAAAACUGAAAAUUAAUUUGGAUUUUUACAUUCCUCGAAUCUCAUGCGAUUAUGUAUCCCUAGAUGCUCAAGAUGCUACCGGCGAACAGCACCUACAUAUUGAGCAUACAAUUUAUAAAAGAAGGAUGGAUCUUCAGGGAAAUCCAAUAGAAGAGCCAAAAAAAGAAGAUAUACAAGCGCCCAAACCACGCAUCGAAACCACCGAAACUCCAUCUACGGAUGAUAAAUGUGGCUCAUGCUAUGGAGCUCAAAAGAACAGUUCCCAUUGCUGUAAUACUUGCCAAGACGUAAUCGAUGCCUACCGAGACAAGCAAUGGAAUCCUACAUUGGAAGAUUUCAAACAAUGUCAGAAUGAUGUUAUGAUUGGUAAAAAGAGUCUCGAAUCCAAAGCAUUUAGCGAGGGAUGUCAGGUCUAUGGGUCAAUGCAGGUGAACCGAGUGGGUGGAAGCUUCCACAUUGCACCGGGAAAAAGUUUCUCUAUUAGUCACAUUCACGUACAUGACGUACAACCUUUCUCUUCAAGUCGGUUUAAUACGUCCCAUCGAAUUAAUACACUGUCGUUUGGAGAGGAGUUCGGCUACGGACAAACUAGACCAUUGGAUUUCACGGAGGAAACUGCCCACGAAGGCGCAAUCAUGUUUCAGUACUACAUAAAAAUCGUUCCAACGGAAUUUGUCCCCUUGAAUGGACCUACACUACACACUAAUCAAUUUUCCGUGACAAAGCAUCAAAAGAGUGUAUCGGUGAUGAGCGGUGAAUCUGGAAUGCCAGGUAUUUUCGUCAAUUAUGAACUCUCUCCUUUGAUGGUCAGGUUUACGGAAAAACGGAACUCAUUCAGCCAUUUCGCAACAAAUCUCUGUGCGAUUAUCGGUGGCAUUUUCACUGUAGCUGGUAUUAUCGAUUCGUUGCUGUUUACAUCAAUUCACGCUUUGAAGAGGAAAAUCGAACUAGGGAAAUUCAGCUAAUAGUGACACAA